AUGCUGAAGACUGAGCUCGUGGGAACGAAGUUAAAUGUUGCUUUGAUCAGAUUGGAUCGUCCAAAAGCAAUGAAUGCCUUAUGUGACCAGCUUAUGUCAGAGUUGGGCGAGGUCUUAACUGAAGUAGAGAAAAAUGUGGAUGUGAAGGCUAUUGUAAUCACUGGUUCUGACCGUGCUUUUGCUGCUGGAGCAGACAUUAAAGAAAUGAAAAACAGACAUUUCGCUGAUGUGUUUCUAAGUGGUUUUCUCCAACAAUGGGGUGUGCUCUCGAAAGUGAAGAAGCCAGUGAUUGCUGCCGUGAAUGGCUACGCAUUAGGUGGUGGUUGUGAAUUGGCUAUGAUGUGUGAUAUUAUUUAUGCUGGUGAGAAGGCUCAAUUUGGACAACCUGAAAUUACUAUUGGAACCAUACCUGGGGCUGGUGGUACACAACGAUUGACAAGGGCAGUUGGUAAGUCUUUAGCGAUGGAACUGUGCUUAACUGGUGAUCGAAUUAGCGCUGCCGAAGCAAAGGAACGCGGAUUAGUUUCCAAAGUUUUCCCAGUAAAUGAGGUUGUACCAGAAGCAAUUAAAGUGGCAGAAAAAAUAGCUGAACAUUCACCUUUAAUUGUUGCUAUGGCUAAGGAGUCUGUAAAUGCUGCAUACGAAACAACUCUAAAAGAAGGGCUUGCAAUGGAGAAGCGUCUUUUCUACAAUACUUUUGCUACCAAUGAUCGAAAAGAGGGCAUGACAGCAUUUGGAGAAAAAAGGAAGCCAAAAUGGUCGAGUUCUUAA